CGCCCCACUUUUUGCCGACGUCAGGGCAGCACGCGGUCGGAACGGAGGAGGAAGGCUGGGCUGACAGCGGGGCGCUCGAUUUCACAUCGGGCCGGCUGUUGAGAGGCGGUGGCCGGCGGAGCGGUUCAAUCUUGAAAGAUGUUGUCCCGAAUUAAAUUAGCUGCAAGACCAUGUGCAUACUUGUACCGUUGUGUACACACAAAGGAGAAGGGAAGGCCUUUGAUGCUCAGUCCCAGAACAAAUAAGGGCAUGGCAUUCACAUUGGAAGAACGACAAAUCCUUGGCUUGCAUGGGCUUCUGCCUCCUAAAAUAGAAACUCAAGAUAUUCAAGCAAUGCGCUUUAAGAGGAACUUGGAAAAAAUUCGAAACCCACUGACAAAAUACAUUUAUGUGAUGGGAAUCCAGGAAAGAAAUGAAAAGUUAUUCUAUAGGGUGCUGCUGGACAGCAUUGAGGAGUUAAUGCCAAUUGUUUAUACUCCAACAGUGGGUCUGGCCUGCUCACGAUAUGGACAUAUCUUUAGGAGACCAAAGGGUGUAUUUAUUUCCAUUUUGGACAAAGGCCAUGUUAGAUCGAUUCUUGACAACUGGCCAGAGACACAGAUUAAGGCUGUAGUUGUAACAGAUGGAGAACGGAUAUUGGGACUUGGAGACCUGGGAGUUUAUGGCAUGGGAAUACCAGUAGGAAAGCUGUGCCUGUACACGACAUGUGCUGGAAUUGAUCCGCGGGGAUGCCUUCCUGUCUGUAUCGACGUCGGUACUGAUAAUGAGACUCUAUUGAAAGAUCCAUUUUAUAUGGGUCUUUACCAGAGAAGAGAUCGCUCGCACAAUUAUGAUGAACUCAUUGAUGAGUUUAUGGAAGCAAUUGUGAAUAAGUAUGGUCGUGAUACCCUUAUUCAAUUUGAAGAUUUUGGGAAUCACAAUGCCUUCAGGUUUUUGAGGAAAUACAAAGAUAAAUAUUGUACAUUCAAUGAUGAUAUUCAAGGCACGGCAUCAGUAGCACUUGCAGGAUUAUUGUCAGCUCAGAGAGUAAUUAACAAACCAAUCACUGAGCACCGAUAUCUGUUUCUUGGAGCUGGGGAGGCAGCAUUAGGCAUUGCAGAACUGAUCGUGAUGGCGAUGAAAGAGUCAGGUGUGCCAGAUGAGGAAGCACGGAAGAAGAUAUGGAUGUUUGACAAGUAUGGUUUGCUUUGUAAGGGUCGUUCAGAGUCGAUAGAUGGCCACCAGGAAGCAUAUGCCCAUCCACCACCUGAUCAAUCAGCCAAGACAUUUCUGGACGCAGUCAACAUACUCAAGCCCACUGCUAUUAUUGGGGUCGCAGGUGCUGGCAGACUGUUCACCAAAGAAGUAAUUAGUGCCCUGGGAAGAAUUAAUGAGCGUCCUAUAAUUUUUGCAUUGAGUAAUCCAACAGCUCAAGCUGAAUGUACUGCAGAAGAGGCAUACACUUUUACAGAGGGGAGAUGCCUUUUUGCCAGUGGCAGCCCGUUUGACCCAGUGACAUUACCAGAUGGACGUGUGUUUCGACCAGGCCAGGGAAACAAUGCUUACAUCUUCCCUGGUGUUGCACUAGCUGUUACCCUCGUAGGGGUUCGUAAAAUCAGCGAUGAAGUUUUCUUGGAGGCUGCAAAGGCACUUGCUCAGCAGGUGACCAAUGACGAACUGGCUGAAGGACGACUUUAUCCACCCUUGUCUAAUAUCCGGGAAGUGUCUGUUAAUACUGCAGUUAAAGUUGCAGAAUACUUUUAUGCAAAUGGAAUGGCGUUAGAGUACCCAGAGCCGAAGGACAAAAAACAAUUUUUUCUAUCAAAGAUGUGGAAAACUAAUUACGAAUCAUUCCUUCCAGAUGUUUAUGACUGGCCAGAGUCUGCAACAAGGCUCCCUAAUUUGUAACAUAAUUCCACCUUACUCCUUGUUAUAGACACAGAAUAGUUAAAAUUAGUUUUUGAUAAAUUGCCUUGAAACUUUGUACGAAAAGGAAAUUUUGUUAGCUUUUUCUGACUUUAACUGUUAUUCGUUGGAUUCACAGUUCUUGAAGUUAACUGUGGUGUAAUGAACAUGAAAUGUGACUCCUUCAAAACUGGUUCUGUCUAGAUCAUUGCUGAAGUGUAGCUUUGAGUGUUUAGGAGGCAAGAGUUGUCCCAUGAUUUCACUUACAAGUUAUCUUUGUUGGAAUGGAAUUAUUAUUGUUGAAAAGUUUAAGUAAAAUAUUAGAAUCAUGAUGUCGUGAUUCUCCUCCACCUCAAAUUCAGAUGCUGCAUUAUUUGUGAUGACAAGUAUAUAUUUUAAAAAGUAUAAUUUAAAAUAGCUUCAUUUAAAAACAGCAAAUUAAAUUCUUGAAAAGUAGGUGUAAAAAAUUAGGAGUUACCUUGCAUGUUAAAUUUGUUGAUGUAAAUUUCAGUCAUGACUGAUUUUAAAGGUGUUGGUGAAAGCACUUAAAUAUUUUUUGUUCUAAGCUGUUGACAAAAUGGUAAUUUUUUAAAUUUGCUAAUAUCAGUUGAAAAGCAGUAUAACUUCAACAUAAAUUUCCUGUCAGGUUGUAUUCAGUGCUUGAUGCUAAAUGCUUGAAGAUAACAGUGUUAGUGUACCAAAUAUGAAAUAUGACUUGUAGUUUAUAGCCUGGUUAAAUAUUUCAUAUUGCCCAUAGAACGAGACUCUGAGAAGUAGUCAUUUGGAUUAGAAUAAGUUCUUCAACAGGAAUAUCCUGCUCAAGGUACAGGAUACAAUUGAUCUUAAACAUCCCUCAAACAAAAAAAAAGUUUUUUUACAAACUUCGUCAAAUGUUAUUUGCAUAGCAUUUCUAAUGAAUAUGUGACUGAUACAUAGGUCCAUUUCUACUUUCUACUUCUUCCCAACACUCUUCAGUAUCCUGUUUAAAAUAUAUAUAUAUCUUUCAUUGUAGGAGAAUGUCAGAAAUUCAACCAAUGUUCUAUGACAUUAACUGUAAGAUUGAUGUAAAGAAUAUUUUCCCAUUCACUGAGAAAAUACAGUAUUUUUGUACAAAGAUAUAUUACUUUUUUUGCUGGAGUAUGGAAAGUCCAGUGUUUGUGUAUGGAGGAAAGUAGUGACAACCGUAUUCACACUUAAACAUUAAAUUACAAUGAUGUUGAAAAUUUGGAAGAGAUCUCUCGUCAGUUGCACUUCUUGGAAUAAUGAAAAUAAAACAUUUUAAAGCUUCA